AUGAUGGAAGGUGGGAGGGAACAGAAUGUACCACUGAAUGGGGGGGUCCUGGGGAAACAUCUGGAGGAAACACCCUCCCGUGCCAAGUGAUCUGCCAAAAUUGAACAUGGGGAGGUGAAGUGGGGUGACAUGUCAGUUGGGAACCAUCUUUAGGAGUGCUAACCAUAAUCUCCCUUUCUCCAAUCAUAGCAUCCUGCCUUCCUCAUCAAAUGCCACCCCACCCCCACACUUCUUCGGCCAUGUCCCGGCGGUGCUGUGUGACGUCUAAGCCCGUCCUUCCCGCCCAGGGCUACCAUUGGCUGGGUGGUGGCAUGCUGACCAAUCAAAGCUCAGAAACGUGGUUGCCUCAUUGUCGUGGACGAAAGGGGCACGUACACGUAGACCAGGCAGCCUGACAUUGACGUUGGAGACGUUGAGUUGAGCAAGAUGGCGCCAAAGAAGAGAGCCUCGGGACCGCCGGCCGAGGCCGGGGAGACGCGAAAGAGGAAGUCCUCUUCUGAGGCGAGUCCCAGUACCCCGAAGAAGAUGCCCAAGGUGGGCAAGAGAGGAAAAGCAGGUCCUGGAGGGAGAGGAGGGAAGAAACGUGCCGCUGGGAAAAAGAUGGCAGCCAUGGGAGCCCCUGAGGCAGGGAGCGGGCCAGCACCACCCGGGCCCAGCCAGCCGCCGAGCCAGGAGCUUCCUCCAUGCAAAGUGCCUGUGAAGGAGGAGCCAGUGGGCGAGCCCGACCCACUGAGCCAGGAGACCCAGCUGGAGGAUCCACUGAGCCAGGAGACCCAGCUGGAGGAGCCACUGAGUGACGUGAUGACCGUCUCCACCUCUUCGGAGCCACUGAGUGACGUGAUGACCGUCUCCACCUCGUCGGAUCCACCGAGUGACGUGAUGACCGUCUCCAUCUCGUCCCUCAGCAGCGACUAAGUUCAGGCCCAGCUGCCAGGAGACUCGGAGAUCUCACCAGCGCAGGGGGCACCCCCAUGCUGAUGUCAAUAAAUCCAAUGU